AUAAUACAAUUAAUACGCCCUAGCUGCUUUAACUCGCCGUUGGGCGAGGCUUCGCUUUUAGACCGUACCAGCGGCCAAUUGCCCGUAUUGUGUUCCGAGAGUUUUAAAAGGCUGCACAAGUCUUUCGCCGUCUAUCGAUGCACGUACGUGAGCCUUGCCUGUCUUAUUGUGGUACAUUAUAUAUCAUCCGGUCCCCCGAACUGAAGACUCGGUAAACAUGGUUGCCGAAAGCGCUCCUGCCUCGGCCGCAGCGGCAGCUGAGGCUGACGCGGACAGCAUGACGCUUGAUGAACAGCUGCUGCCCACUAUCCUUCUAGUGAAGGCGCUUAAGGGCGUGACGUUGGGCGCCGAGGUGUUUAACUGCUCUGCCGAGCAGCCCUGCCAGCAUCUGUGCAAGGCGACACUUGACAAGUACGGAACCAGGACCGUCAAGAUCACGCCGGGCGUAGAUGACAGCGAGUUCGCCAACGGCGUGGUGUUUGCGCACUCCAUUUGGCGCCUGCUUAUGGAGGAGCCGCGCGUCCGCGCCGGCCUCACCAUCCGCCAGCGCACGCUGCUACGCGACAUGGUCAUUCCGGCGGACGUCGUGAAGGCGCUGGCGUCCCCCGAGAACACCGCGCCCGAGAGCGUCGUGGGCGAGGCGGCGCGUGUGCUUGAUCGCCGCGGCGUGCUGCUGUGGGCGCCCGGCGCGGCGCCGCUCAACAGCGACCUGGACCCGAGCGACCUGGCGCCGCCCGCCUGGGUCAUGGGCUGCUUCGACGAGGAGAGCGAGCGGCAGGCACAGGAGAGCAACCUGCUGGCCCCCAAGGGUGAGGAGCUGCUGUCUGCGUUCCGUGACGCCAUGCUGGCGGCGGCGCGGCACAGCGACACCGACGCACUGGAGCUGCUGGGGGAGAGCGCCACCGUGUGGAAGCUGUCUGACGCGGACAAGGACAUCCUGCUGGCGGACCUCACGCAGCUGCUGAUCCAGGGCGCCAUCAGCCGCGACCUCGCCGGCUGGCUGUUCGGCCCCGAAGGACCCGCCGUGUUCGACGGCUGGCGCUACAGCGACGUGCCGCUCAUUGUGGCGGGCCACGCCGAGCGCUCCAUGCUGGCUCCGGGCGAGCAGGCGGAGGGCAGCGGCGGGACGGGCCUGGCGCAGGCGGCGCUGUCGCUGCUGGACUUCCUGCACGGGCUGGGAUUUAAGGGCGCGGACAACGGCCGCACGCUCCUCAUCGCGGUGCGUGCCGCUGCCUUCGGCGUGUGUGACCUUGCGUUGCUGGACUGGCUGGUCAACCACAAGUGCCCCACCGGCCCGGCUGGCAUGGCCUACGCCUGCGCCAUCGGUACUGACAAGGACGUGCGGCCGCCGCAUGCCAUGGCGGUGGUGGCGCACCUCACAAAGCUGGGUGUGCCCAUGGGCUCACUGGCGCUGGAGGACCUGUGGCGCCUGCCCGCGGAGUCCUACAAGGAGUACGUGGACUACCUGGGCAAGCACGGCUGCCCGGCUGACGACCGCAACAAGCUGUACCACGCCGCAACUGUGGAGGACUACGCAUUCAAGAACGAGCAGAACAUGGACAAGGACUUCCGCAAGGACGUGCUCAUCGCCGCUAACCUGGCGCCCGACUUCAACAACCGCGCCGCGGAGCACCUCAAGCGCAAGUUCGAGAAGCUGGAGAAGCUGUUCAAGGGCGACAAGUCCGCCACCGUGUGGCCGCAGGUGGUGGUCAAGCCGCUCACCGACCUCAUCACCUCCCUGUCGCCCGGCGGGCCGUACAGCGUGAUCGGCAGCUGCAGGGGCAGCCUCCGCCACGUCCUGGAGUUUGAGCCGGACUUCAUCGCCGCGCGCGCCGUGGACACCGCGGUAGAGGAGUCGGCCGCGACUAUCGCCGCCUCCAAGGUCCUCAUCGACGACUGGGCCGCCCACUGCGGCGCCAAGUCCGACGACGUGCGCCUGACUGCCGCCAGGUCCGCCGCCGCGGCCUGGGUGCAGACGCAGGAGAAGGCGGCCGCGGCCUGGGAUGCCUGGUACGUGGCCAAGGACGGCGGCGCGGUGUUUGUGGCACGGGCCAUGGAGGCGGCCAAGGCCGCCACCGCAACCAAGGAGAGCGUGGAGCGCAUUGGCACGGCGGCGACGCUGGAGAUUGCGGCGGCUGAGGUCAGCGAGAAGACCAAGGCGGCGGUCAAGAAGGCGACGCUGGAAGCAGCCGCCCAGGCGUCCAGCCGGGCCGCGCAGGUGGCGGUGAACAAGGCCAACGCCUACGCGGCGCGCGUGAACACAGCCUUGGCGGUGGUGGCGAUCAAGAGCCCGGCGGGCGAGGUGGAGCAGGCGGAUGCGGCGCUGCGCGUGGCGAUCGAGGCCACCGCCCAGUGCUGCCAGGUGGCGGGAGCCGCGGCGUAGGCCUGAGGGUGCUUGUUGAUGCAUGUUGGGCGCGGUGACGGGGGGGGGAGAAGAGGAGCGUGCGGUGCUGUGUAGGAGGAAGGAGUGGCUGAGUGUGGUGGCGGUGAGCCGGGGCCGAUGGGGCCCACGGUUUCUGAAGGUUAGUGUGUUGGCGUCGUUCUGGUGCGUGAGCAGCAGGCAUCACUGCAGGACGCGCAGGGCACUUUCGGCUACAGGCGUUGUUGUCACACUCACUUACUUGUGGGUCAAUAGCCAAUGAGGUGCACCCAGUACCAGUACGGUAAUACAUGGGCGACACCGGGAACAGGGUAAGGGGCAGGGUUGCAAUGAGCUCAGCGUGCGUGCUAUGUAAUAAUGUCAAUGA